CCUUGCCUAAACUCUCGGUGCCAAGUGGGACGGCAGUUUCCGAGUCCGCCUCGACGCCGCCGCCGUUGCAAACCAUAAAAAACACACCCCCAGCCCCCACUACCCCCACUCCAAGUCCCCAGACACCACCUCUCCGGUCUCCGCCGGCGAAACGCAGGGGGUUGUCGGCGGCGGCGAUGGGGGAGUACGCGGCGGCCAAGACGUCGGUGUGGUGGGACAUCGAGAACUGCGCCGUCCCCCGCAACUGCGACCCCCACCUCAUCGUCCAGAACAUGAGCUCCGCCCUCGCCACCGCCGGCUACGUCGGCCCCAUCUCCGUCUCCGCUUACGGCGACACCAGCGGCAUCGCCCACAACGUCCAGCACGCCCUCUCCAGCACCGGCGUCUCCCUCCACCACGUCCCCGCCGGCAUUAAAGAUGCAAGUGAUAAGAAGAUCUUGGUUGACAUGCUGUUCUGGGCUAUUGACAACCCUCCGCCAGCAAAUUAUCUGCUAAUCUCUGGUGAUCGGGAUUUCUCUAAUGCCCUUCAUAAGCUUAAGAUGAGGCGGUACAAUAUUCUUUUAGCACAACCUCCAAAUGUGUCUCAAACGCUUACUGCUGCCGCAAAGAGUGUUUGGCUCUGGAGAAGCCUUGUGGCUGGAGAACCACCAUUAGCAGUGUCACCAUACAUAAGCAGCGCAUCAAGUGGCAAUAAGGGUGAUUUGGAUACGUCAAGGAAUACUGUUCCAAAUUCUUCAGCCGUGGCUCAAGAUACUAGCCCUCAAGUGCAGAAUUCUUCUCAGCGUGAUUAUCAAAAUGGUGGUAACGGGAAGGUAGAUAAUAAGCAAUCCAAAGUGAAGCAACCUCGAAAAAAUCAGACAGACACUGCAUCUAAACCAGCAGGCAAAAAGGAAAAUUCAGUUGAUGGAGUUGCUGAUAAUUCCAAAGGAAGCACUGCUAACCAACCAAGUCAACCUUCUACACCAUCAUCAAGUUCUUCAUCAAGUCCUGAACCCCAGAGUAGGGCAAAGGUGAACCAGACAAGUAUACCUAAAAACCCACCCCUUUUCCUGCCUAAGAAGCCUGCAAAACCCACUAAUUUCCACCAAAAGAGUGUUCCUCACAACUAUUUUGGUAGUAGUAAGAAGUCUGGUGUGUCAACUGAAUCUGCAUCGAAAAAUGGUGCUCCUGAUUCUGGCAAUGGUACUGGCCAUAAUCAUCCAAAACACCAGAACCAAUCCUCUCAGCCACCAAAACCACAUAAUCCAGUGACUCCUCGUCCUCACAAUGGACCUGGUAAUUUCCACACAUCAAAUUUACAUAGAAGUAGUUCAUGUCCACCACAAACUCCCCAAGCUGGGCAUACUGGUGUUCCCACUGCACCAUUGCAGUCCUGGCCAAGUGCUCCUCCUCCCCCCUAUCAUGUCCCCCCAGUUAAUUAUCCUGAUAUGAGUCGGCUGAAUAUUUCUGGGUACCCCAUAGGGGGUCAUGACAACCAAGGUUCAAACGUCAGCUACCAUCCAAACUAUUCUGGUGCUGUUCAGCCUCCUUACAAUAAUUAUAGUUACAGACAUCCAGCUCCACCUAAUAUAUCCAGCAACAUGCAAAAUGCUGGACAAUGGGGUGCAAACACUGGAUGUCCGCAGCCAUCUUCUGACUCUCAAAUUCUUAUAAGAAAUAUCUUAAGUGCUUUGGAAGUACUGAAGACUGAGAAGCUAGCACCAACCGAACAGCAUAUAUCAGAUUGCGUAUGUUAUGGAGGUGUUAAUCUACCACAAUUUGAUGUUAAGAAGGCUCUGGAAGUUGCCAUUCAGCAUCAAGCCAUUGUAACGAAAAAGUUAGGACUUGUGUCAUUCUUUCUGGGAAAAGAUGAAAAUCUCUGGAAAUGCGUGAAUAUAAUGGAUACCAAUGCAAGACACUCAAAAGAGACUCUAGAUUCUGUUCUUAGGUACAUAUCUACUGCACCUGGAUGUUCUGCAAUAAAGAACUCUCAAUCAAGGUAUCAUGCUGCAACUCUCUUGAAGAAAACAUGCUUGAAACGUCUUUCCCUUGGUGAAGCUCUUCAGGUUUUGUAUAUCGCAACCGAUAAAAUGAAGUGGUUCGUUCCUCACUCUUCAGGCUGGCAGCCUCUCUCAAUGAACGUGAUAGUGGCUGAUACUGCUCCAGAUGCUAGUGGAAAAUCCUAGCCUUGCUACAUUUCCCUGCUCAUAUCAGACGGACAAUUUGAGUUCUGCUAGUUGGUACAAGCUCUCGAAAGGCUGUGGUCUGGUGAGGUUAGAACUAAUAUGGUGGCCCAGUCUAUGUUUUGCCAAUAUUUCUGUUUCAGAAUGAUGUCACGGGUAGUUUAAAUUUGGUGUAUGAGCUAAGGUUUCACUAUUAUUAGUAGAAUGGUACUUCUGUCA